CGGUACCACGUGUGUUGAAGAUGGCGGCCGCCGUGGUGAACAACGUUGGGGCGAAGGCCGAUGAAAAACAUGGCCACAGCGAGGACGAGGAGCCCGACAGGGUAGACGACCUGGUGGACGGGACGGCGCCGGAGGAAGCCAAGAAGAAAAAGAAAAAGAAGAAGAAGAAGAAGGCCGCUGGUGGCGUGAGCUCAGUGAAUGUUCCUGACGGUGAAGCAGAUGACGACGGCGCGAACAAAGAAAAUGGCUUGAGCAACGCUUUAGCCGAGACUCACCUAAACGGAGAUGAGGAGGAGGAAGAGGGUGAGGGAGGAGAAGGAGGAGGGAACAAGAAGAAGAAGAAGAACAAGAAGAAGAAGAAGGGAGGUGGAGGAGGAGGUGGAGGAGGAGGAGGAGGGAAGGGGAAGCAAACUGACCCUCCUUCCAUUCCAAUCGUCGAUCUCUAUCCCGAUGGGAAUCUACCAAUCGGGGAGAUCUGUGAGUACAAGAUCAAGCAGGACGGAAGAACAGCCAUUAAUAGGAUGACGUCGGCCGAGAAGAAGGCUCUCGAAACGUCUUACGAGGACAUGUACCGGGAGAUUCGGAUUGGGGCGGAGGUCCAUCGCACGACUCGCCAGUACUUCCGUCGCAACGUCAAGCCUGGGAUGACCAUGCUCGAGAUCUGCAGCAUGAUCGAGGAGACCAACCGCAAGCUCAUCAAAGAAAACGGGCUUGAGGCUGGACUGGCAUUCCCGACAGGCUGCUCGCUGAACCACUGCGCCGCCCACUACACCCCGAACGCUGGCGACACCACCGUCCUCUCCUACGACGAUGUGUGCAAGAUUGACUAUGGGGUGCAUGUGAAUGGUCGCGUGAUUGACUGCGCCUUCACCCUGACCUUUGACGACAAGUACGACAAGCUGGUGGAGGCUGUGAGGGCCGCCACCAACACCGGUAUCCGCGAGGCCGGUAUUGACGCCAGGCUCUGCGACAUCGGCGAGGCUAUUCAGGAGACAAUGGAGAGCUACGAGGUGGAGCUGGGCGGCAAGACGUACCAAGUGAAGUGCAUUCGGAAUCUCAACGGACACUCGAUCGCCCCGUACCGCAUCCACGCUGGCAAGACCGUCCCAAUCGUGAAGGGUGGUGAAGCUGAAAUCAUGGAGGAGAAUGAGGUCUACGCGAUUGAGACAUUCGGGUCGACCGGUCGUGGCUACGUACAUGACGACAUGGAGACCUCACACUACAUGAAGAACUUUGAUGUGGGACAUGUGCCGCUGAGGCUCACCAAAUCCAAACAUCUGCUCAAUGUGAUUAACCAGAACUUUGGAACACUUGCAUUCUGUCGUCGCUGGCUGGACCGCCUUGGGGAGAGCAAGUACCUCAUGGCCCUCAAGGAUCUGUGUGACAAGGGUAUUGUUGACCCCUACCCGCCUCUGUGUGACAUCAAGGGCUGCUACACCGCCCAGUUCGAACACACCAUUGUCCUGCGACCCACAUGCAAGGAGGUUGUGACCCGCGGCGAUGACUACUGAGUGUGUGUGUGUGUGUGUGUGUGUGUGUGGUCUGUUGAGUCACUCCAUGGAAUAGGUCAGAUUCUAAUUAUAUCUUAACCUAAUUUGGCCUAACCCUCCCCUCCUUGACCUGACCUAACUUAUGCUAAUGUUGCUUAACCCAACCUUGACCUAAUCUAAUGUUAACCUAACAAAACCAAGCUGUACUGGAUCUAAGUUGACCUUAUCAUAAAACUUAACCAAGCUGUAAGUUGACCUAAUCUGAUUCUAUUAUUAACUUAACCUAACCUAAUCUUUCUCUCUUCAGAUCUUACUGUAACUUAAUCUAAUGUUAACUUAACCAAACCAAGCUCUGAUGGAUCUAAGCUAACCUUAUCCUAAAACCUAACCAAGCUGUAAGUUGACCUAAUCUGAUUCUAUUCUAAA